AUGUGUGUCUACAUCCAAACCAUCCCCCUCUGCGGCCAUCCUCCAGCGACGCUGCUUUCCUACGCUUCAUGCAACGACGUCCUCGCGCAGCUGAUGCGUAUUACCGAGCCAGAGGCAUGGGAGCCUGAGAACAUGGACAAGGUCCCCUUCGACAUGCCGGACGACUGUGACCCAGGCCCGGACAAUAUCUACGUUCUGUACUCGGACGAUUACUGCGGUUGGGAGUGUCGGAACAACGCGUACCAGCGGGCGGCUGCCGGUGGGCUCCCGGGCUUUUUUGAUGAUGAGGUGGGGGGCUUUUUGCCGGAUUGUUUCCCAGGGGACGAGAGGGGACAGUUGGUGGGAGUUGGGUAUGGUGGUGACCGGAGGCGGAUGGUCCUUGGUAUGCCUGAUGCUGAUUUUGGGCCUGGCGGUGAGACAUCCGGUAUUGGCUGGCGAAGUUUGUGA